AUGCCAGUAGCCGAAAAAAUGGGGAGAAUGCACGGUUACUUUCAAAAAUUGGUGUGGGAGAUGGUACCACCAUUCUCCUUUCCACACGACUUUGCAAUGCGGCUUGUACAAAAUCAACCGGACCCCAUCAUUAUGGAGUAUAUUGCUCGUAUUGAAGACUUGGCACGGCUGUCUAUACAUGCAUUGAAUGCGGAAAUCAAAAUUUUGGAGCGGUUCCAUGAUUUAAAGUGGAUUACUCCACACAUGAUGCAGAGAAUGACAACGCCACCUCCUUGGAUUCAAGAGGAUUACUUUUCCUUUAACCGUAGCAUAGCUUUAUUUACUCAUAUCUGUAUGCAUCGUCGGUUAAAGUCACUGGGAAAAUCUAUACAACUUUCAGGUACAAAGGACAGAUUUGUCAUCUGUCAAUUCGCCAGCGCCUUGAAAGGGGCUGAAGUUGCAAAACACUAA